GCCUGCGAGUUUUGCACGCAGCGGUACGACGACAAUAUCGCACCGCUGAUGUAUGUCCGCAUCCAAGUUGGGCAAGCGUCCUGCAACACUUUGCUAGAUAGCAGCGCGACUCGCAACUUCAUGAGCCAAGCCUUUAUGCAAAGGGCUGGCCUCGGCGCGCAGGUUCGAAGGAAGGCAAACCCGACGGCGAUCAAGUUGGCGGAUGGAAAGACGCAGCAACUUCUCGACCGUUACAUCGAGGCUGUACCGGUGUACUUCGCACCUCAUGCAUGCGAACCGGUCACGUUCGACAUCUUGGACACGGACUUCGAUAUCAUCCUGGGAAUGCCUUGGCUCRCAAGUGCRGAUCACACGGUCAACUUUCACCAGCGGACUCUCACCGUUCGYGACGCCCUCGGCGCCGAGGUGCCGUGUACUAUUCCUCUUCCGCACCCUUCGAUCCGGUGCCAAGUCGUGACGGCCAAAUCGUUCCGGGCUACAUGUGCAUAUGAGCAACCCGACGAGAUAGGCCUAUGUUUCUUGCGGACCGUCGCGGUAGCCGACUCUUCACCAUCGGACUUGUCUUCGGRCCCCCGUGUGGUACGGCUGCUUGACGAGUUCGYCGACAUCUUCGAGUCACYUACYGGUGUGGUGCCGGAUCGGCCGAUCUCUCACGAGAUCAUUCUUGAGGCCGGUGCCGUGCCGCCGAAAGGUUGCAUCUAUCGGAUGAGCGAGGAGGAACUGGAGGUCCUUCGCGCACAACUCGACGACUUGUUGGCCAAGGGCUGGAUCCGCCCUAGCAGCUCCCCAUAUGGAGCACCGGUUCUCUUCAUAAGGAAGAAGAACAAGGAUCUACGUCUGUGCAUCGACUACCGCAAGCUCAACGCGCAAACUGUGAAGAAUGCGGGGCCUCUUCCUCGUAUCGACGACCUUCUUGAGCGAUUGGGCGGUGCUAAGUUAUUUUCCAAGUUGGACUUGAAGUCGGGGUAUCAUCAAAUUUCGAUACGCCCGAAUGAUUGCUACAAAACCGCAUUCAAGACACGUCGGACCUUGGAGGAUCAUCUUGAGCAUCUUCGACAAGUGUUGGAGACGCUCCGCCGUGCCAAGUACAAAGCCAACCGCGACAAGUGUGAGUUCGUCCGGCAAGAGCUUGAGUACUUGGGCCAUUUUGUCACACCGGAGGGCAUCAGCCCCCUAUCGGAGAAAAUUCAAGCCAUCCARGAGUGGCYSGAGCCGCGURACGUCACGGAUGUCCGUUCGUUUCUUGGUCUUGCCGGCUACCAUCAGCGCUUCAUCAAGGGCUAUUCGAAGAUCGCGGCCCAUUUGACCAAGCUUCAAUGCGAGGAUCGGCCGUUUGACUUCGACGAGGAUGCGCGGGAAUCCUUCUUGGCUCUUAAAGCUGCACUUUUGUCAGCGGAGGUCUUGCGGAUCUACGACCCGCUAUUGCCCACACGCGUCACUACUGAUGCAUCCGGCUAUGACAUUGGUGCAGUCCUCGAACAACACGAUGGCGUGGACUGGCACCCGGUCGAGUAUUUCAGCAAGAAAGUGCCCGCCGUGCACUCUAUUGAUGAUGCACGAAAGAAGGAGUUAUUGGCAUUCGUACACGCACUCAAGCGCUGGCGGCAUUUCCUUCUUGGUCGACGGCAGUUCCGAUGGGUAACGGACAACAACCCGUUGGUCUUUUACAAGACCCAGGACACAGUCAACAACACCAUUGCCCGCUGGAUGGCCUUCAUUGACCAGUUUGACUUUUUCCCCGAUCACAUUCCGGGCAAGUCGAACCGUUUUGCGGAUGCUCUCUCACGGCGUCCAGACCAUUGCACCGCGGUCUACUCGACGUUCGAGAUUGAGGACGACUUGCGAGACAGUUUCAUCCGCGGCUACCAGGCCGACCCCGAGUUUCGCGACAAUUCCACGAUGCUCCCGCCACCGGACAUUUUGGCGUCAAUCGAACGAUUGGCCGACUUCGCGAGCGAUUUUGGUGGCCCAGUCUUCUCGACGACGUCACACGCUACUGCGAGUCAUGCGAGAUUUGCCGGCGUUGCAAAUGCCGCAGGCGAGUUGCGACCACUACCGGUUCCCUUGUGCCGACGGGACGCGAUUGCCAUGGAUAUCACUGGACCAUUCCCCAAGCACAAGACCGGUGUGGAUGGGAUUCUCACGGUAGUCGAUCGACUCACCAAGUUUGCCAUGUUUUUGCCUUGUCGCUAUCAUGCCAAGGCACCAGAAUUGGCCGAGGUUCUCUACGCCGGUUGGAUUCGAACCAAGGGUUACCCCAAGGAAAUCGUCUGCGACCGCGACACUCGGUUCAUGUCUGAUUUUUGGUUGGCACUCACCAAACGAUGGGGCUCAUCUCUCAAGCCUAGUUCAGCUCGCCACCCUGAGACGGAUGGCUAGACGGAAAGGGCGCACCAGACGGCACAGGUUCUUCUUCGCACUCUCAUCCGUCCCGAUCAGAAGGAUUGGGUUGAGCGGCUGCCGGAUGUC